AUGGAUUCCACUUAGGCGUUUUCCCUCAACUAAGAGGAUAAUGAGCAAUUCAUUCAUAGAAAUAGUGACUAGUAAAAACGAGGAGAUUAAGGCUACGGCAAAAGUCCAAUCAGGUUUGCCAUGCUGAUUAUGGUUAUGCUAGCUUUUCUAAUCAAUCAAAAUUGUUACGAUCUCAACAACAUUGGAACACCAGACUAUCUUUACUACGUCGAGCCAUUCUACUAUCUGAUAUUUUUCUUGAUGUCAGUUAAAUGGAUCGAAGAGUGGGGUUUGUAUAGAACAUUCUGCUUUGCUCUCAUAAUUUAAACAUUUGCAUUGUGGUUUGGAAGAUCAUUAAAUGAAAAAGUAUUCUAAACAGAUCUGGUCGGGCCAACUGUAGGUGAGCUUCUGAAUUCACUUGCCUAAGUCUUAAUCUUCAACUCCAUAACUAAAGUCACAAGCUCGUGGUUCGAUCAUCGCGAGAGAAUUAUUGCGACCGGACUCAUCCUAAUUGCAUUCCACUUUGGAAACCUUACCACCUAAUACUACCUUAAUCAUGUCCCAGCUGAUGACAGCAAGCCAUUUGACUGGCAAUAUGAGAACUUCAGAUACUAUCUUGAGGCAUACUGGCUAGGCCUUGCUAUUGUGAAUUUCGGUCUUUUCCUAUUGUUUGCAUUUUUCUUUAAACAUCAGCCUGAUCAAAUGCCCUCAAAGAGCCAGACUGACAGAAACAAGCCUUUCAACUUCCACUUAUAGAUUGGCACUUUAAUUCAGGAAAAAAAUGCUAAACUCAUCUAUGGAAUGUGCACAUUCUUCCUUAUAUACAUUUUCUCAUCACCUUAUAACUUUAGAUGGUAUGUUUUUGAGGAGGCUGUCGGUAAUGAAUUCAACACUGUCAGAGAGGACAUUCAACCUUAUCUUUACAUGGCUGGAAUUUUGAUCACAUCCAUUUUGAUAACAUUCAAACCAAACUACAAGAUGGCACUAGCAAUUACGAUUAUAGGCAACAUGUUGUUUACAUUCAUUGGAGAGUUAGGUUAUCUUAUUCCUAAUAAAACUGUUUUCUUUUUCGGCUAUUGUGCCUAAGGAUUCUUUAAUGGUGCUUUAAAGUUGAUAGUCUAUGAACUAAUAACUGAAAUAUCAUUCCCAGUGAGUGCUGGCUUAUCAAUAGCGUGUCUCCACGUUAUCGCCAAACCAUGCAUUCUUGCUGUAACAUUAGUGAGUGACUAGUCAGAUGAUGCUUAUUAGGGCACUGACGCUAUCAAUCAUAUCUUCAACGACAUAAUCUAAUUCGUUUAUUUGGUAGGAUUAGCUAUAUGCCUAGUCUUGGUAGCCAAAGUGGACUUGAAAACAAAAAGACUUGAUGUCGAUCUGCUUCAUUAGCAUUGA